AUGGCGUCGUCAACACGUAGCAAUCAACCAACUGCGGUCCAAGACCGCGAUGCCCUUCUGGAGUCCUCUGGAGCGAGAUCUUUCGUCACCGAGGCAUAUAGUCCGCAGAGGACCCGACACGUCCGCAAGGGCGCGCGCGACGACUCGGACGAGAAGUCUUGCACGGCGGAGGUCCUUGCAGCGCGGUCCGGGGAGAAGAUCCAAUCCACAGAGAGGGCCGGAGAGUCGUCGCGUAGGUCUCGGAAGAGAGAUUCGACGGAGCGGGAGGCCGAGGGUAGGACGGGCCCCGAGCCUCCUAAGCGGCGUGAGCCGUGUAAAUUGCUCAUGACAACUUUAGACAUGGAGGGACAACCUCUCACGAUAGGGAAGCGGGUCGCAUCCUGGCGUAGCUUUCAAUCUGCUGCCUAUCCCUCAAACGACGUCUUGAGGAAAGAGGAAAUCAGCUCAGUCCACGAGGUCGGUCGUGUUCCCCUGGCUACGGCCAGCAGUAACGACAGCAAUGCCACCCACUCCUCCGACAUAGCUCUCCAAGGACCUCGAGGUAGAGAUGCGACGCCCAGGCCUCGGGACACCGAAACGCAAGUCCCGUUGCCGAUGCCGAUGCCGUCGUUGGGUUCCGGCCCAGCAUUCCGGCGUCCGACCGAGCUGAGGCUGCACUUCAUCGCAGAAUCAAAGAAGCUAGAUGCGCGAGACGAGGUGAUGAGAAGAAAAGAGGAAGAAUCAAGGAAGAGGGCAGAACAGCUGCAGUGGCAGCGAGAGCAGGAGGAGGAGGACGAGGCCAAGCAGGAGAAGCUAUCCGGUGGCACUAGCUCCUCCUACGGCGUUGAGCAGGCUUAUCGCGAACUGCUCGAGGGGAUCAAGGACUGGAAGCUUUCGACGACCAAGGGGUACCAGACGAUCAAGGAGGGGCUGGAUCGAAUCACGACUUCUGCCACCCAGGCGGAGCAGGAGCCGGUUGAGUUGGAUUCCGUCGCGACGGAGAUUCGUCCCGCCGCUGAGGGCAAGUCGGAAGGGUCGUUGGUUCUGGGGGGCGAGACCUUACUCGACUCCGAGAUCACGGACUUCACUUUGGGUCCUCCUCUCUCUCCUCUGGUAGAGACUGCUUGGACAUCUAGUAAGGCGGUACCUCCUCCUCCUCCUCCUCCGGCCGACCCGGAUUUCCAGCGCACGCGAGCCCACCCCGACGCGAGUCGAAAGAGGAAGGUGGUAUAUAGGCUCGUGAAGGAGGCCGAUGCCCAGGUCUUUGAUGUCGUGAGCCAUGAGGAUGCGAAGGACCCCGCCGACGGGUUCACGUUUAAGGAGGUUGAGAGCUGCGGGGGCUUGUGCCGGGAUGAGGAGGAGUGCAAGAAGAUGUGCAUCUGUCAAGUUUCUCGCCAGGAGGCGCCGGAGGCUGGGCGUGGUAUUUCGAGAGCAUUGCCUUUGGAGUUUUACGAAGAUGAUUUUGUGCUUGUUUGA